CCACAUCCUCGAAAGGCACUCCACUUGAGGAUGAGUGGUCUACAUUAGCCUAGGAGAGAGCAACUUUUUCACUUAGCCUUUGGCUAGACAGAAAAACCUGUGUACAGUCUGAAGUUGGACAUACUGUAAGAUAAAAAACAAAAAGCAGGACUCAAAAUGACUAAAGGAGAUACGGAAUAUCAAUUUUUGCUUGAAGGAAGCAAAGAAACAAAAGAGAAAAUUAAGCGUCCGAACAAAUCCCUUCUACUGGCAGUUUGUGCAGCUUGCAUUGGAGGAACCUUUCAAUAUGGUUAUAAUAUUUCAAUCAUCAAUGCCCCCACCAAGUCUGUGCAGAAUUUCAUCAACCAAACCUGGCUGGAGCGCUAUGAUGAGGACAUCUCAGAGCAAUACCUCACUCUCCUGUGGUCCAACAUCGUGUCCAUUUUCACAAUAGGAGGAUUCAUUGGAGCAACUAUAGGUGGAACACUGGCCAUUCGAUUUGGGAGAAAGGGGACACUAAUGAUGAACAACGCAUUUGCCUUACUGGCUGCUCUGUUGAUGGGCCUGAGCUACCCCACUGGAUUAUUUGAACUGCUCAUCGUUGGACGAUUUUUCACAGGAGUAAAUGCGGGUAUCGGCAUAUGCGUUCAGCCACUGUAUCUGGGGGAAAUCGCCCCAAGGGCACUUCGUGGUGCCAUGGCAAUGGGGACUUCUAUUUUCAUCACCGGGGGCAUCCUUACUGGACAGGUGAUUGGGCUUAAGGAGCUCCUCGGUAAAGAAGAACACUGGCCCAUCCUGCUCUCCACCACCUGUAUCCCAGCGUUCCUGCAGCUCCUCAUACUGCCCUGGUUCCCAGAGAGCCCUCGCUACCUGUUGAUCGACAGAGGGGAUGACGUUGGAUGUAGAAAAGCGAUGAAGCAACUCCACGGCACAGAUAACUUUGAUCGCGAGCGGGAGGACAUGGAGAGGGAGAGGGUCAGCGCCAUUGGCAUUAAACCCAAGAAGCCCUGGCAGCUGUUCAUGGACCGCAGCCUCCGCUGGCAAGUCCUCACCAUCAUCCUGCUCAACGCUGCCCAGCAGCUCAACGGCAUCAACGCUAUUUAUUUUUAUACAGAUUAUGUGUUUGAGGAGGCCGGAAUUCCAGAUGUCAACAUACCCUACGUAACUGUGGGCACAGGAGCCUGUGAAUGCCUCACUGCCCUUACCUGUGGCAUGCUGAUCGAAACUCUGGGACGAAAAGUGCUUAUCAUCGGAGGGUACACCCUAAUGGCUUUCUGGUGCAUUUGCUUCACUCUGACCCUCACCUUCCAAGGAGCAGGCGUAUGGAUGCCUUAUCUUAGCAUGGGAUGCGUCUUUGCUUUCAUACUCAGCUUUGGCUUGGGGCCAGGUGGGGUGACAAACAUCUUGACCACAGAGUUAUUCACACAAACCAGUCGGCCUGCCGCGUACAUGAUCGGAGGGUCCGUGAACUGGCUCAGCUUCUUCGUCAUUGGCAUGGUGUUUCCAUUUAUUGUGACUAAGUUGCAGCAGUACUGUUUCCUGGUGUUCUUGGUGAUAUCUGUCUUGGUGGCUGUAUACAUAUUCCUGGUAGUCCCUGAGACCAAGAACAAAACCUUCCUGGAGAUCCAUACCGAGUUCCAGUCCGGAGAUAAGAGGAAGGCUUCAAAAGCAGAUGACGGCCCAAGGACAACAUUGUUGUCAACCCCUCUGUGAAACACAGCUCCAGUGUUUGCUGAAAGGACUUGUCAAACCUGUACCACAUGACUUAUUAUUCAACAACUGGCAGUGCUAUGAAUAUCUCAUUGUCAUAUUGAUACAAAGUUCCAGAAUGUGUGUUCUUUGUCAGGGAUUGUGAAGUGUAGACAUUAUAGUAAUUGGAACACAGGAAACAACUAAAUGAACUAGGUACUGUUAAAGGGAUACUCUGGGAUGUUGGCAAUGAGGCCGUUUAUCUACUUCCCCAGAGUCAGAUGAACUCGGGGGUACCAUUUUUAUGUGUCUGUGUGCAGUUUAACAUUAAUUGCUAACUAGUGCUAGCGUAAUUGCUAAAUAACGUUAGCGCAAUGACUUAAAGUCUAAGGGUAUCUGCUAGCAGAUACCAUAGACUUACAGACAUUAUGCUAAUCCAGACAUUAUGCUAAUCUGACUCUGGGGAAGUAGAUAAAAGGUCUCAAAGCCAAAAUCCUUAAGUAUCCCUUUAAUGUUGCUGAUAAGUCCAGAUCAAUGAUUUAUAUACAGUGGGGCAAAAAAGUAUUUAGUCAGCCACCAAUUGUGCAAGUUCUCCCACUUAAAAAGAUGAGAGAGGCCUGUAAUUUUCAUCAUAGGUACACUUCAACUAUGACAGACAAAAUGAGAAAAGAAAUCCAGAAAAUCACAUUGUAAUUUGUAAGUCGCUCUGGAUAAGAGCGUCUGCUAAAUGACUUAAAUGUAAUGUAAAUGUAGGAUUUUUUAUGAAUUUAAUUUGCAAAUUAUGGUGGAAAAUAAGUAUUUGGUCACCUACAAACAAGCAAGAUUUCUGGCUCUCACAGACCUGUAACUUCUUCUUUAAGAGGCUCCUCUGUCCUCCACUUGUUACCUGUAUUAGUGGCACCUGUUUGAACUUGUUAUCAGUAUAAAAGACACCUGUCCACAACCUCAAACAGUCACACUCCAAACUCCACUAUGGCCAAGACAAAAGAGCUGUCAAAGGACACCAGAAACAAAAUUGUAGACCUGCACCAGGCUGGGAAGACUGAAUCUGCAAUAGGUAAGCAGCUUGGUUUGAAGAAAUCAACUGUGGCAGCAAUUAUUAGGAAAUGGAAGACAUACAAGACCACUGAUAAUCUCCCUCGAUCUGGGGCUCCACGCAAGAUCUCACCCCGUGGGGUCAAAAUGAUCACAAGAACGGUGAGUAAAAAUCCCAGAACCACACAGGGGGACCUAGUGAAUGACCUGCAGAGAGCUGGGACCAAAGUAACAAAGCCUACCAUCAGUAACACACUACGCCACCAGGGACUUAAAUCCUGCAGUGCCAGACGUGUCCCCCUGCUUAAGCCAGUACAUGUCCAGGCCCAUCUGAAGUUUGCUAGAGAGCAUUUGGAUGAUCCAGAAGAAGAUUGGGAGAAUGUCAUAUGGUCAGAUGAAACCAAAAUAUAACUUUUUGGUAAAAACUCACCUUGUCGUGUUUGGAGGACAAAGAAUGCUGAGUUGCAUCCAAAGAACACCAUACCUACUGUGAAGCAUGGGGGUGGAAACAUCAUGCUUUGGGGCUGUUUUUCUGCAAAGGGACCAGGACGACUGAUCUGUGUAAAGGAAAGAAUGAAUGGGGCCAUCUAUCGUGAAAUUUUGAGUGAAAACCUCCUUCCAUCAGCAAGGGCAUUGAAGAUGAAACGUGGCUGGGUCUUUCAGCAUGACAAUGAUCCCAAACACACCGCCCGGGCAACGAAGGAGUGGCUUCGCAAGAAGCAUUUCAAGGUCCUGGAGUGGCCUAGCCAGUCUCCAGAUCUCAACCCCAUAGAAAAUCUUUGGAGGGAGUUGAAAGUCUGUGUUGCCCAGCAACAGCCCCAAAACAUCACUGCUCUAGAGGAGAUCUGCAUGGAGGAAUGGGCCAAAAUACCAGCAAAAGUGUGUGAAAACCUUGUGAAGACUUACAGAAAACGUUUGACCUCUGUCAUUGCCAACAACGGGUAUAUAACAAAGUAUUGAGAAACUUUUGUUGUUGACCAAAUACUUAUUUUCCACCAUAAUUUGCAAAUAAAUUCAGAAAAAAUCCUACAAUGUGAUUUU